AUGCCGUUCGCGCUCCGCAGGCCCCCUGCCCAGGCAAGCGUGCUCUCGGUGUCGCAGUUGCAAUCCGCCAAGGCUAUUCUCAGGGCCAGAGUGCAGAGGCGCGGAGCCGUGGUGAUGUCCGUGGCAGCUCUGAGGAUGCUCCUUUUGGUCGGAAUUGGGCAGCAGAAGUUCUGCAGCCUCCCCGACCACGAAGGCCGCGCAACACCGGGGCGCUUCCCAACAGGCUUGGAGCCCAACUUCCAGAACCCGCUGCUGGGAGCUUUGGCCUUGCUGAGAGAUCCAGCAGAAUUAGAUGGCGAAGGACUUGGACGUGCCGCCACAGCGGCAGCAAGAGAGGGCCUCGACGACGAGGCAUGGUGGGCUGCGCUGACGAAGCGAACGAAGGAGCUGUCCGAUUCGUUGGCAAUGCAUGAUGUGUCCCUGAUCCUGAACGGCAUGGCGAGAUCCAGGCGCCUGGAUAAGCAGCUGGUUCAGGCAUUGCUUCCGCGAAUUUGUGCAAACUUGGUAUAUCUCACCUCCGCACAUCUGGCCAUGCUUGCGAGUUCAGUGGCCAAGGCUGAGAUACACAACGCACAGUUUACCAACCUCCUGACGCGUGAGUUGAAGGCGGUUGACACGGUGUUCAAACUGCAGCUGUUGCCGUACCUUGCCGAUGGUUUCAAGCUUGCCAAAAACGAUAGCCAGGAUGCUCCAUAG